AUGAGCAGGCCGUUUUUGUCCGUCGCGAUCUACCGGCCUCGCUAUGGCAACUUCAAGCACUGGGCCCUCCAUCUCCACACUGGCUCCGAGGAUUUAGUAUUCGAGGUCGACGGCGAGCAUCCCUUGUUUACAAAAGUUACUUCGACUGGCAAACCGACCGACAAUGAGUCCUUUCUCGAAUCGCUGCAUGUAGGCGAAAUUGGGAUCCCUGACAUCCCCACUGUCAGAAGGAUUGUCGACGAGGCGAGAGUAGACAAUGAGACGCUCGAAUGGGAUUGCCAAGAAUAUGUGCUGGAAAUACUUGAGGCUUGUGAGGUUGAGGCAGUGCUCGAGGAAGAGGACCCUGAUUAUGCAGAAGUCAAGGAGAUUUUACGGCGAAGACGGGGGCCGACGCUGUGA